GGGUAAGCAUUGGAACUGCCCAGCAAAACAUGCCGUCUGAUAUGGCACUUGAUGAUUGGGGAAAGCUACAAAACUGGGGAAAUAUUGUACCAGCUUAACCCAAAAUGUUCCUCACGUCCUCUGGCUCAUUCUCUUUCGACUACUCAUUUCCACACCCCUUCAUCUCACCUGGGCCAAUGAUUUUGGCUGCCAACUGACGUCAGAGUGAGAUAUUUUAUCUGUAAGUAAUAAAUAAAGAAAAUGGCGAUGUGGGUUUUCGGAUACGGAUCUCUGAUCUGGAAAGCCGGCUUCCAUUUUGAUGAUCGCCUUGUCGGUUUCAUCAAAGACUACCGCCGUGUUUUCUAUCAAGGGAGCACUGAUCACAGAGGGACUCCAGAGUACCCGGGAAGAACAGUCACAUUGGAGCCUGCUGAGGGGGAGGUUUGCUGGGGUGUUGCCUACAAGAUUAUCCGGAAGGAAGACCAGGAGGCUGCAUUGGAGCAUCUAGAAGUAAGGGAAAAGCAGUACGACAUGAAGGCUUAUCUUGACUUCUUCACUAAGCCCACUGCUACAACGCCUGCAGUUUCCAAUGUAUUGGUAUACAUAGCAUCUGCAGACAAGAAGCUCAACAAGAACUACUUGGGACCUGCUUCAUUUGAAGAAAUUGCAAAUCAGAUUGUUCACGCAGAAGGCCCCUCAGGACCAAACAGAGAUUAUCUUUUUAAACUUGAAACUGCACUUAUUCAAAUAGGAUGUGAAGACGAACAUGUCAAUGAUCUUGCCGACGAAGUGAGGCGUAUAGUGUUAAAAAGAGGGACUGACCACUUGAUGAAGACUGGGGUUCAUUGAGCAUCGCAUGGACAUUGUUUUGGUAAUUCUUUAAAGCCACAAUGAAGCUUUAUUCGAAGCUCAGGCUAUUGAGAUAAUGAAAUAUAAAUUGACUUCUCUUUAUACUGUUUCUGCUUAUUUUCAUGCACGACUAAGUGUAAAUGUUAUGUACUAAUGAAGAAAAAGUGAAUGCAUGACUAAUAUGGUUCACGCUUUUAUUACUUCUUUUAUCGGAA